CCGCGAAGCACUGCCAUACAAAACCCACCAAAAAGAUGCCGACCAACGAACACCACCAUCCAGCACUACUCCUACUAACAACACAAACCAAACCAACAACAACAACAACAACAACCCCCACACUCACUCCGACUUCGAAGCCAAAGACAGCAACUCAGCAUCAUCAUCAUGUCAGGAGACCCAAUUGGACGACCGCAGAGGACGAACAACUCUGUCGAUCCUGGCUCGAAAACGCGCUCGAUCCGCUCACCAAUACGCCCCAAAAAGGAUCCCAGUUCUGGAACAAAGUCGCCGCCCAUUUCGCCGCUCAUCAUACUGGACCCAUCGCACGCAAUCAAGAUCAUGUCAGAAAUCGCUGGCAAUUACUGCACUCCAAGGUGCUCAAGUUCAGUGGAUAUUACGAGCGAGUGAAGAAGGCCCAGAUGGCCAACACCAGAAGUACGGGAGCGGGAAUCGAGGAAGAAGAAGAGCUGGUGCGCGAAGCGAUGCGAGUGUACGAACGCGAGGAGCAACACAAGUUCACAUACCACAGUUCAUGGCACCUGCUGCGCCGCUCGAGCCGAUGGCAACGAUUCACGUAUGGGGGGACAGGGGGGGUGCCGCAUGGGGUCGGACGACAGAGCCAAGGGUCGAUCGACGGGCCCACAACGGCGGAGGUCGGCUCGGCGGAAGGACUCUUGUUGGAUCGCGUACAAGAUCGAAUGAUGGCAGGCCGACGACGACGACAGAUCAAGCCAGAAGAACAAGAACACGAUGCUCAUCCAGAAGAGCUCGAUCGGCUGUUAGCCUCGGCUCUCAAACGCAAAGCCGAGGUGGACCAAGAAUCGCUCGAGCUCCAGCUGCUCAAGAUCGACCCGCUCACGCUCGACAACGACCCGCUUCGCAGGGAAGUCUAUACGCUCAAGAUGCAAGAUCUGCGGGACAGAUAUCGCGAGAAACGUCUCCGGACGGCCUCUGUCCUUCGCCCCUCUGAGCUCCCCCGCCACCCUUCGUCGUCGUCGGCGUCUGACUCGGAGCUCGUCGAUCAGCUCGAUCUUUCGCCUCCUUGUGGCUCCAUCACUCCCCUCCAUGACCAUCAGCAUCAACAACAACAACAACAACAACUGCACAAUCUUCAUCCUCAGUUAAAUCCCUUCACUGACCCUACUCUCACCACUCAAGAUACCCCUUCCACUUCUACUACUAAUACUAAUACUAAUACUACCAAUAGCUCUUCAACCUCUGAAUCCUCUUGAAAAAAAAAAUGAAAAUGUCUGGAGACUACUCCAAUCAAUCAAUCUUUCCCAAUCAUGCUUGUAUUAUUGUCUAUUAAGAUUCAUUAUAGUUUGUAUAUAACUUGUCUUACUUUGAUUGAUUGCUGGCUCCGAAAUAAUCUUCUUGUUCUGCUUCUUUCUCCAAUCAAUAUCAACAUUAUUAUUAUAAUUGUUAUCAACAAUUUAUUUAAAC